AUGCGGAUCUUAUAUCUCUUUUCAAAUUCCGCCUUCCCCCACUCCAGGUUCCGCCGGACGCCAAAUGGCCCCGCGGAAGGCGCAUCUAGCGCCGGUGGUGCCGGCAGAGGCGGCAUCGGUCGGGGAAGCGGGCAGGGGAUGCCAGGAGCGGGAAUAGGCGGAGCUGCCGGCGGAUCCGGCGGAGGUCCGGGCGGGUAUCGUGGAGCAACAGGUCCUCAGUCACAGCAAAGAUAUGGAUCAACAGCAGUCGCGGGAAACGGUCCCACACCAGCAGCAGCGCCUGCGCCUUCCGCGUGGGGUGCGGGCCUUGCGCGCACAAGUGCGCCUACCCCCGCCGCUUCCGGCACCCAGCAGCAGCGGCAGCAGCAGCAACCAGCGGUGCAGCUGUCAUCCGGCCCGGGGAUUCCAGGUUUUGAGUCUGCGCCUCCCCCUGCGGAUUCCGCCUUCCCCGGCCUUUCCCGCUCCACGUCCGCGGGCGGAGCAGCAGCUCGGCCGGGGGCUCCGGGCGUAGCUGGGCCGGGCGCAGGCGCCCCUGCGCCAGUAGUAGGGUCUGGGGGAGCGCCUGGCGCAGGGCCUGCGGGUGUGCCUGCGCCGAGAAUAUCGUUUGCAGCUGCAGCAGCUUCUGGGGGGAUGUCGUACGCGCAAAGAGCGGCGCAGGCGCUGAAUCGCGCGGCUGCACCGCCCGCCCAAGCGCAACAGGCGCAGGUACAGGCGCAGCAAGCGCGGGUGGGCGGAAGCGGGGCGCAGCAAGCGACAGGUCAAGCGGGGGAAGCCGCGUCACAGGGGAAGGCGGACGCUGCUAAGCCGCCGCAGGGCACGGAAACAGCAGCACAGGCGGGCACAGGCGCAGGGGCAUCUGGUGGAGCGGGGGCGGACGGGGGUCAGGGAGCAGCGGGCGGGGCGAAGGGUAGCGCGAAGGGGGGGGCGAAACCACCGGUGAAGGCUCUUGGUCCUGCUGCGGCUGUAGCGGGGCCUCCUGCUCUUCCCCCUGGCGUAUCGCCUGUAGCUCUGCAGUUCGGCACGUUCAACCCUAACUUCAUGGGCGCCAGCGGCCCCGUUAUUGUUCCCCCUCGCACCACCUCUGCUCCGCCCAAUCUGGACGAGCAACAGAAGGAGCAGGCCCGGCACGAGGCCAUGCUUCGCCAGCAGCAAGCAGCCAAGUCCGGAGAAGCAGGGGCAGCUAAAGCCCCUAUCGGAGGAAGCAUCCCAGAAGAAUCUCAACAGCCGCGGGCAAGCCGGGCACUUAAAAUUAUGGAUCCGACCACUCAGAAAGAGGUGAAGGUGGAAAAGGUGCCCGCGACUAAAGCCAAGCCCGGGGCAGGAGCAGCAGGGGCAGGAGCAGCAGGAACAGGAACGGGAGCAGCAGGAGGAGCAGGAGGAGGGGCGAGGGGAGGGACGGGCGCAAGGGCAGGGGCAGCAGGAGGAGCAGGGGAGGGCGCAGGUGCGGGGGCAGGGGGAGCAGCAGGAGGGGCAGCAGGGGGAGCAACAGUGGGGGCAGCGGGGAGAGGUCCAUCAAGCGCCACUACCUCCCCUGCUCCUCACGGGCUUACCUCAACCCCUGCAGGCCUGACCUUCGAAAUUCCAGCCCAACCAUCCACUCCAGGUUCUGCCCCCACCACUCCUCACGGCGGACUAGUCUCCCCAGCCGGUGCUGGGGCGGCCGCAGCAGGGGUGGCCGGCCGGGGGAUGCCUAUUGGGGUGGCGGCGGCAGCUGCAGGCGCGCGCCCCCCCAUGGGGUUCGCGCAGCCCGGGCACAUGCUUCCAUCCAUGUACUAUCCGGGGAUGCCUGGUGUGGGGGGAGUGCCAGGGGUGCCGGGGGUGGCAGGUGUUCCCCCCGGUGCCUUCCCCCAGGCGCGAUUCUUUCCCCCACAGCAGCCUGGGCCUAUGCCAGCAGGCGGGGGGAUGGUCGGGGGGCCGGGAGGGGGGAUGGGCGGACCAGGGGCAGGCGGGCAGGGUAGGUUUACCCCCCCGUAUCCGCAGCAGGCGGGGCAUGGCGGGGGGGUGAGGCCGCAUAUGGGACACGUUUUGCCACACCAGCAGAUGCCAGGGGGCGGGCCGGCUGGUAUGGUGCACUAUGCCACUGGUGCCGUUCCUGGCGCCGUGCCCGGUGGUUCAGGUUCGGGAGCGGGUGGUCCGGGCGCUGGCGGGGCUGGUUCGGGGGCAGGAGAGGAAAUGCCCAUGCCUGGGAUGGAUGGUAUGGGGAACAUGCCUGUGUCGUCGCCGGUAGGUCCAGGGCCAGGUAUGGUGAUCCCAAACCUGCCGAUGAUGGCUCCUGUAGGUUCGGGAGGGCCGGGUGUGGGGGGGUAUAUGAUGGGCGCAGGGACAGGGUUUGUGAUUCCAGGGCAUGGGCGGGGAGUUGGGGGAGGAGGGGGAAUGGGGGGAGGGGGAAGGGCAGGGGGGAUGCACGGGAGGGGGGCAGGGGGACCAGGUGGGGCAGGGGGACCAGGUGGGGCAGGGGGACCAGGUGGGGUAGGGGGCACAGGUCCUGGGGCGGGUAGGGGAAGCGGGGUAAGUGCACAGGUCAUGUCUUCGAAUCGAAUCGUAGUGUCGACAACAGGAGGGGUUACCAAUUUGCCAUCGCCAGGUUCGGGAGUGCGAGACAGGCCUGGGGCAGGUCCGGAUGGGCUGAAGAGGUCCGGGAGCGGUAAGACAACAUGGCCAGUGGUUAGGAGCCCCUCUGGUGGUGCUUCGGGGCAGCAGGGGAAGGAGGAGAAGGGAGAGAAGGAAGGGGAGGAGGGUGUGGGUGGGGCUGUGGUGGAAAAGAAAGAGGAGGGUGAGAAGGGCGAGGAGAAUCGAGCGAAGGGGAGUGAUGCGGCUGUGGCAAAUGGAGAACAGAAUGUAGCAGGGAAGAGUGAAGAGGUUCAGGCGAAGAGCAAAGAGGAGGUGGCAGCGAAGGUCACAGGCGAGCCAGUUGCAGCAGAGGGGGGUGUGGGGAAAGAGGCUGCAGGGAAGGAGGGUGAAGUGAAGGUGGUAGAAGGGAGGGAUGUGAAGGACGGUGGUGAUGCAAAGGCGAAGGUUUCAAGCGAGGAGGAAGAGAAAAAGGCAGGCGGGGAGGCGACUGGUGCUGAGGCACCUGCUGCUGCUCCUGCUGCUGCUUCAGCUGCAGCGGUUGCUCCUGUGGUGGCGAAACCAGUGGAGGAGAGUAAGGAAGGAGAGGGGUUAAGUGGGGAGGCGGGCGCCGCAAAGGAGAAAGGAGAGGAGAAGAAGGGUGGGAAGAAGAAAGACAAGAAGGAGAAGAAGAAAAAAGGAAUUGAGAAGGGAGAGGAGAAGGAUGCAGGCAAGAAAGAGGCGGGAGAAGCAGUGCCGGAGCCGGAGGGGGAGAAGGCUAAAGGAGAGGAGAAGGAGGCGACAUGGACUUCCGCUCCUUUCCUACGCGAGUGUAACGCCGUGCUGAAACCGCCUGCUGCACAAAGAGUACAGCAGAUGGCGGCUCAGGGGUUCAAUCGCCCUAUGGACGCCCUUUCGGGUGCACCUGGGGGAGGUUUGAACCGGCCAGGUAUGGACGAGGACCGCUGGGCGAGAGGGCCAGGAAUGGGCCCGAGAGGUCCGGGCGGAGGUAUGGACGGAGGGGUGCUGGGCCCGCCUGGAGGUCCGGGGUUCAGAGGUCCGGGAGGCGGGCCGCCUAUGGGUAUGGGAGGCCCGGGGAUGCGGGGAGGAAUGGGGGGACCAGGGGGGCCGUUGCUGGGGAGGGGGGAUAGGGGGGUGUUGCCUCAUGGUGCGCCUGGGAUGGGGGGACCUGGGGGGAUGCCUAUGGGUGGUCCGAGGGGAGGCGUGGAUGCAGAUAGAUGGCAGAGAAACCCGAUGCAGAACCGACCUGCUGCACCUGCGGGACCCCCGCUGCCUGCGAUUCACAAGACGGAGAAUCGGUACAAGGCAGGGAUGGUGUCGGAUGAAGAGGAAAAGAAGCAGCGGCAGAUCAAGGGGAUUCUGAACAAGCUGACGCCUCAGAAUUUCGAUAAGUUGUUCAAUCAGGUGAAGGAAGUGCAGAUUGACUCUCCUGAGACGCUCACAGGGGUGAUUGGGCAGAUUUUCGACAAGGCGUUGUUAGAGCCCACGUUUUGUGAGCUGUAUGCGAAGUUCUGCCAGGCGUUGUCUGUCGAGUUGCCUCAGUUUGGGGAGGGGAAUGACCGGGUGACGUUUAAGCGCACGCUUUUAAAUAAGUGCCAGGAGGAGUUUGAGCGAGGGGAUCAGGAGCAGCUGGAUGCUGAGAAGGAGGAGGAGGAGGUGGAGGUGGAAGAGGAGGAGGAAGGGGAGGGGAAGAAAGGGGAAGGGGAGGGGAAAGAUGGGGCGGACGGGAAGGCGGAAGAGAAGAAGGAAGGGGGGGAGGAAGGGAAGAAGGAAGUGGAGGAGGGUGGGAAGGACGAGAAGAAGGAAGGGGCCAAGGGAGCGAAGGUUAUGGUAAAGAAGAUGGUGAAGUUGACGGAGGCGGAGAGGCAGAGCAGAAGGCAGAAGGCUCGGAGGCGCAUGCUGGGGAAUAUCCGCUUUAUAGGAGAGCUCUAUAAGAUGAGCAUGCUCACGGAGCGCAUCAUGCACGGAUGCAUCCAGAAGCUUCUAGGAAACACUGAGGACCCGGACGAGGAGGACAUGGAGGCCUUGUGCAAGCUGCUCGCGACCAUCGGGCAAAUCAUCGACCACGAGAAGGCACAGAGCCACAUGGAAGCAUACAUGGCGCGCAUAGCCCACUUCUCCACCUACCAGAAACUCUCCUCCCGCAUCCGCUUCGGCCUGCAAGACAUUCUCGAGCUCCGGGAGAACAAGUGGCAGGCCAGGCGGAAGGUCGAGGGGCCCAAGAAGAUCGACCAGGUGCAUAGGGACGCGCGGGACGAGCGGUCCAAUGCUGUCGCGACAGCUGGCAGGCAGAUAUUGGAGCGCGGGGGCGGCGGGAGCAGGGGCCCGGGUGGUGGUAUGGGGAGCGGGCGGCGGCCGGAGUAUGGCAUGGAGCCGCCCGGGCGGCCGGGUUUGGCUGGGUCUGGGCCGAUGAGGGGCGGCCCGGGGCUGAUUGGGGGGCAAGGGGGGCCGGGGGGAGGGAUGUAUGGGCGGGGGCCGGGGUAUGGGCACCCUGGGGGGAUGGGGGGAAGAGGGGGAGGCCCUGGCGGGUAUGAGGGGAGAGGGGGAAUGGAGGAUAUGGGUCGCCCCAUGCCCCUCCCCCAGAGGAACAUGGAGGAGGGGGAAUUGAAGCUGGGGCCGCAUGGGGGGCUGGGGAGACCUGGGGGAGGGGGCCCAGGGGGAGGCAUGGGCGGGGGGAUGAGGGGGGGACCUGGGGGACCUAUGGGGGGACCCAUGGGGGGGCUUAUGGGGGGCCCAGGGCGGGGGGGACCUGAAGGUCCCCCUGGCGCCAUGCCUCCGGAGAUGCGCAGGUUCGGGCCGAGCCAGAGCGAGAGGUUCGGGCCGAGGGUGGGGGAGAUGGGGGGCCCGAGGGGCGGGGGGGAUAGAGACGCGCCGAUGAGGGCUGGCCCUGGCGGGUAUGGGGAGAGAGGGGGGGAGAGAGAAGGGGGGCGGGGGCUAGUAGGCCCUGGGUCUAGGAGUAUGAUGAUGGGGAGGGGACCUGGGCCUGAGGCGAGGGGGUAUGGUGGGCGGGGGAUGGGGAUGGAGCGGGAGAGGGAGAGGGAGGUGGAUGCAUGGAGAAGAGGCACGAGAAUUGAUGAGGAGCCGCAAGCAGGUGGAGGCAGGGAGGCAGGGAGGGAUGGGUGGAGGGAAGCGGGGAGAGGAGAUGGAGGGAGAGGGGACGUGGGGAGAGGGGGAGGGCCGGGAGUGGGGCCAGGGGCAAGAGAGGGAGCAGGAGGAGCAGGAGGGGCAGCAGGAGCAAGAGGAGCAGGGGCAGCAGCAGAGACGGGAGGAGGAGCGGGAGCAGCAGGGGGGGCGGGAGGGGGAGCAGUAGGGGCGAAGGCGGGGGCAGGGAUGGAUGAGGAGGGUGCUGUGGCGAAGGCGAACAGUGCUGUGGAAGAAUUCCUCAGUGCAUGUGAUUUCAAGGAGGUGAUUGUGUGCACCUUGGGUGGGGAGAAGGCCGUUGGUGCAUCGAGCAGCUGCAAGCGCCGCAGCAACAACGGCUCCCUCACACCUUCUAAUCACUGCCUUUUCUCCCUCUUCUCCUUUCCUCUCCCCUCCUUUUUAUCUGUUUUCCCACAGUGCCCUGCCCGCGACUUCAAGGAAGUCUGCCUGUGCAUUGAGGAGCUGCAAUCCCCGCAGCAUCACGGGGCGGUAGUGGCGGGGUGUGUGGCGGCAGGGCCCUCGCACCUUCUAAUCACUGCCCUCGUCUCUCACCUCUUCCUUCCCGUCCCCUCUCAGUGCCCGUCAGGUGGGGCAGGGGGAACAAGGGUAGGGGUGGCGGCAGGGCUGGACGAGAAGGAGGCGCAGAGGCAGCAGGUGGAGGAUCUGGUGGUGCGGCUGUGCUGCGAGCCCAAGCCGCCGCUCUUCACGAGUGACCAGAUUCAGCAAGGUCUGGUGAGAGUCUUCCAGGAGCUCGAGGAUUGGUCAGUUGAUGCCCCCAAGGCCCCGCAACACGUGGGCCGUCUGAUUGGCCGGCUCGUGGCAGCUGGCGCCGUCCCAUUGGCUGACGUGGCCCGGCUGGUGAAAUCAGGCGGUGCAGAGGAAGGGAGUCUGGUGGAGAUGGGUGAGGGGAUGAAGGUGAUGGCAGCAGUGGUGGGCGCGGUGAGGGGGGAGAAGGGGGAGAAGGAGGCGGGGGAGAUGGUGCGGGCGGCGGGGAUAGAUGGACCCGAGGAAUUCAUGGAGGAGAGAGCGAGAGGGAGGAAGGAGAAGGUGGAAGAGGCGAGGAAGGCUCUAGGGCUGGCAGGUGCUGCAGACCCGGUGAGUGGUGUGAGAGUUGUGAGUGUUGUGAGUGGUGUGAGUGGUGUGGGUGGUGUGAGUGGUGUGAGUGUUGUGGGUGGUGCAAGUGGUGCGAGUGGUGUGCAUGGUGCGGGCGGCGGGGAUAGAGGGGCUGGAAGACUGGAAGCAGUGGCAGAGCACCUGAAAGACGCUUUUGCCAAGGGGGAAUCAGCAGAGGCUGUGCUUAAAUGGCUGCAGACCAACACUCCACCUGACACCCCAACGCAGCCGGCUUUCCUGCGCCUGCUCAUGCGCUCGCUGCUGCAGCAGUGCAUCGGUGAUAGCAGACAAGACUUCAAGAAGCUACUGGCAAGGCCAGUGAAGAAGUAUGCCAAGGUCUUCCAGGAGUAUGCAGCAAAGAAGCAAAAACCCAACCAGGUUCAAUAUCUUUUCGGAGCUCAAGAAUUCGCAGAGUCGUGUGGGCACCCAGCGGGCCUGCUAGACGCGGUCUUCAAAACACUCUACGACCUCGAUGUGGUGGAGGAGUUGAUGCUGUUUAGGUGGCAAGACGACAACAAGGACCCAACGCCUGGCAAGCAAAAGGUGAGUCGGUUUCGUUCUGAAGCUUUCCACGUGGCUUUGGUUUUCCCUGUUUCUGCCGCGGGGCCCUUGAAACUGCCGAUUUGCGGAGAGAUGGGCGGAAAGGCAGGCGCGACAUUAUCCAGGUACAAGGUGAUCAAGCAGAUGGGCGAUGGCACAUACGGCACCGUUUGGAAGGCCAUGAACCUCCACACCAAUGAAAUUGUGGCGGUGAAAAAGAUGAAGCGGAAAUUUUACUCGUGGGAGGAGUGUAUGAGUUUGAGAGAAGUCAAGUCACUGCGCAAGCUGAACACACAUUCACCCUCAUCUCCUCCCGUUCCCCUCCCGUUCCCCCCCUCCCAUCCCAUCGCCCCCCCUCCUCACCGUGCGCCAGUCGCUGCGCAAGCUGAACCACAGCAACAUCGUGCGGCUGAAGAAGGUUCGCUGCGCAAGCUGAACCACAGCAACAUCGUGCGGCUGAAGGAGGUGAUCCGCGAGAACAACGAGCUCUUUUUCAUCUUUGAAUACAUGGACUGCAAUCUUUACCAAGUCAUGAAGGACAGAGAGACGCUUUUUCCCGAGUCGAAAAUACGCAGCUGGAUGUACCAGGUGCUGCAAGGGCUAGCCUACAUGCACAAGCACGGGUACUUCCACCGGGACUUAAAGCCCGAGAACCUGCUGGUGACUAAGGACGUGAUCAAGGUGGCCGACUUUGGGCUCGCCCGAGAGGUGCGGUCGCGGCCGCCCUUCACAGACUAUGUCUCCACUCGAUGGUACCGUGCUCCAGAGGUGCUGCUGCAGUCCACCGUGUACAACGCCCCCAUUGAUAUGUGGGCGAUUGGGGGCAUAAUGGCGGAGCUAUUUUCGCUCCGCCCGCUCUUCCCUGGCGCCAGCGAGAUCGACGAGAUAGUGAAGAUCUGCUCUGUCAUCGGUACGCCCACAGUGCACACGUGGCCGCAGGGCCUCAAGCUCGCCGCUGCCAUGAACUUCCGCUUCCCUGAGUACUCGCCCAUCCCGCUGUCGAAGCUCAUCCCAUCUGCCUCCCCAGAAGCCAUUGAUCUCAUGACGCUGCUCUGCUCAUGGGACCCCGCCAGGCGACCCACAGCCGCACAGUCGCUGCAACACCCGUUUUUCCUGAGCGGAAUCCAGGUCCCCCCAGUCAUGCCGUCACCCAAGCCAAACCCCACCAACUCCAGCCGCACCCACCCCGUCACAUCGCCGCACCUCCCCUCCCUUCCACAAGCCGCCAGCAAGCCAUACAGCCACCUAGACGAGCACUUGGACGAGUGGGAAGGGGCGCCGGGGCA